AUGAAUCCAGUGACAAAAAUCGGCACACUGCUCAUAUUGACCUUAUCUAUUCUCUGCUCUGUGGAGGGCCUGAUCUGCAAUAUCUGUGAGAGAUCAGUAAAUUCAAGAUGUAAACUUUCCCGGAGCACGUGCUUAGCAAAGCUUGGUCAGAGAUGUUCCACCAUAUCGUACUUCUACGGACCAAAGCAUGUGUACUCAAGGCAAUUGUGUAUGUCUGGCUGCAAGGAAAUGCAGACCUACAACGGAAUGAAAUUGACUUACAUAAUGUGUUGUGACAAAAACUUGUGUAAUACUUUCUAG